UGAAUAGGCAGGUUUUGGGGGAGAGACUGCUGGGCAGCUCAGAGCCCCCUAGAAGAAAGGAGAAAGGAAGGGAGGCACCAAGCACCCCACUCUUUGGAAUUGGGGAGGGCUUAAAGGAGACCCCACCCCAUUAAAUAGGCAGGUUUUGGGGGGGGGGAGAGGAGGCACCAAGCACCCCACCCUUUAGAUUUGGGGAGGUCUUAAAGGGGCCCCCACCCCAUUGAAUAGGCAGGUUUUGGGGGGAGAGACUGCUGGGCAGCUCAGAGCCCCCUUGAAGAAAGGGAAAAGGAGGGGAGGCACCAAGCACCCCACCCUUUGGAAUUGGGAAGAGCUUAAAGGGACCCCCACCCCUUUAAAUAGGAAGGUUUUGAGGCUAAACAUCACUCCCUUUAUUGCUUUGGAAAAGGAGGGAAGGUUGAAAGAUUGCUAGUUAAAGAGACUGGGCCUUUUAUCACCGAAGCCAGGCAGAUCCCUGCUGUCCAGAAACCAAUAUUUAAUCUUGCAUAUUAUUGAAGGGCAUGUUUUACAGGAUCAAGCCUGCCGCCCUUCCCGCUGAAGAGUGAAUGGAGAUAGAGUUUUGAGCCUGAAGCCCAAGAAGAAGAGAAGUCUUCCUUCUCUCCCUUCUGAUCCCACCUCCACUAAGCCCAAGGAGUGGGUUUAGGGUGCACUCACCCCCUCAUUGAACAGGAAAGGUUUCAGGUUGCAUCCCCUUUGGUUUCAGGAAAGCUAGGACAGGUUGGAAGAUCAUAAGCAAAGCAGGUUUGGGCCCGGAGCAAGGUAUAUUCCUGUUUUGCUAAAACAAAAAACAAAGUCAUUUAAAAUUUUGGAAUACUUGGGGGGUGGGCAUGGGUUACAGGAUCAAGUCCACCACCUUGCCUGCUGCAAAGUGAGUUUUGAGUAACAAGCCAAGCAGAAGGGAAGCUGCUGACCCCCAUCACCACCACCUCUUCCUUCCAACCAAGAAGAGAGCAAGCCCCCCUCCUCUCCCUUCUCUCCCCUCUUCUUUUCCCACCUCCACUGAGCCCAAGGAGUGGGUUUCCAGAGGGGAGUGGUCUGCCUGCAUUUGAAAAAAGGGGAGGGUGGGUGUUUGGGCAACUGAGGCAAACCUCAGUGGUGGGCAGCAGAGGAGGAGGAGUCAGGAAGAAGCAAGGAGGGUUUUGGGGAGGGGGCUGGAGUUUGCGUGCAGGCAAUACCAAGGCUCCUUACCCAAAUUUAGGGGACCCUGAGGAGAUGUGGGGGCCCAGAUUGCCCUUCUGUGUGUGUUUCUCUGUGUGUUUUAAUGUCCUGUGGAGCUGAAAAGGGGGAGGAAGGGUGCCUUCUCACACAUCACCCCCCUUGUUUUCUCCCAAGGGCAAGGAAGGGAACAGUGGAGGGUACAGCAGGAGAGGGGCUGAGGUGUGUGUCUGUGUUGUGGGGGGAAACUGCUGCUAUGCAUCUGUAAGAGAUUGUCCCACCCCUCCUCCUCUUCUUCUCCCCCCCCCACUUCAGUGUUGUGGGGGGGACUGAGAAGGAGAGAGAGAGAGGCGCACGCACAAAUCCUUCAGCAACUGGCAGGAUCUCUUCCACAAGCCCCCCUCCCCACCAUGACAACAAAUCCAGCCUUAGAAUCACCAUCCACACCAUGGCCACACAGCAGGCUUCUGAUGGAUGAGGAGGAAUCUUUGGUGCCUGGAUGCGCUUCCCAAAGCCCAGAGAGUAGCUGAAGCGGGACGUAGCCAAUGUCGUCCAGCAAAGGGGCAGGGGCUGGAGCUCGCCGGCGGCGGACGCGGUGCCGGAAGUGUAAAGCUUGCCUGCGGUCAGAGUGUGGGGAGUGCCACUUCUGCAAGGACAUGAAGAAGUUUGGGGGCCCUGGGCGCAUGAAGCAGUCGUGCCUCCAGAGGCAGUGCACGGCGCCAGUUCUACCUCACACGGCCGUGUGCCUGGUGUGCGGGGAGGCCGGGAAAGAGGAUACAGUGGAGAGUGAAGAGGAGAAGUUCAACCUCUCGCUCAUGGAGUGUACCAUCUGCAAUGAGAUUGUUCAUCCAGGCUGUUUGAAGAUGGGGACUGCUGAAGGAGUGAUCAACAAUGAGAUUCCAAACUGCUGGGAAUGUCCAAAGUGCAAGAGAGAAGGCAAAUCCAUGAAAGACUCAAGUGAUGGCACAGGGAAGCGGCGCUCUGACAAUGGGGAAGAUGGUGUCCGGUGGAAGCUGACAGAUGAACCCGCUCAGAACAAGAAGAAGUUGGCACCCGCCCCUCCUCUAUCCCAACCGCCCUCUGAGGAGACUCAGGGUGGAGCCCACAAGCGCAAGAAGGAGAAGGAGCUGCCGCCCCCAGACACGGGACCCAAAAAAAAGUUAAAAGGCACACGGGAAAAGCAUCUGAAGAAGGCCGCUGAGCAGCCCUCUGAUGGGAACAAAUUGCAGUCCAUGCAGACCUGGAGCCGCAUGGGCAGCGGGGAUUUUGAGGUGAAGGGGUCCAUCUCCCACCCAUCCAUCCACCUGAGCCAGAUCACAGCUGGUGACUUAGAGAAACCGAAGGUCCCGCCAGGUCCUUUGGAGUCCUCAGUCCAGUCAGACAAGUCCCACCAGAGGGAGAAGCUGGAGCGCUUCAAGCAGAUGUGCCAGAUGCUGGAGAGGGUGAAAAACAGCAGUAGUUCUAGUUCCAGUUCGGACUCGGACUCUGAUACGGACUCUCGGGGCUCAGAUGGCUCUAGCGGAGGGGUGUCGAGCCGAGCGGCCUCGCCAGCCACCCGCUCCCAGCGCCUGGCUGCCUUGGGCUUCAGCGCCAGCGAGGAAGACGAGGAAGACGAGGAGGAGGAAGAAGAGGGUGGAAGGCGCAACGGUGGCUCGGAGACGGCACGGAAUGGCAAGCAGCCCAAAGCUCGGGGGAACUCUCAGGAGAAAGAGAACAAUCAUCGUCCGUCCAGCCGAGGGAGCGAGCGGGCUAAGCAGCAGGCGGGCGGGCGCAAGACAGGCCGUCCUGCUGGGCAGACGGGGCUCCGCAUGGUGGCCCGGACUCAGUUCCUCAACUGGCCUCUGGUGCCCUCCCCUCCUAAGCCCCUACUGCAGCUGGAGCGGCACGUGGUCCGACCUCCCCCCGACAGCCCUGAACCCGACUCCCUUCCUUUGGAUAGCGGCUCCGACCACAUCAUGCAGCGGGACAUUUGGUUGGCGGUCUUCCAAUACCUCAGCUAUCGGGAGCUGUGCGUCUGCAUGAGAGUGUGCCGAACGUGGAGCCGUUGGUGCUGUGACAAGCGGCUUUGGACGCACAUUGACCUCAGCCGACGAAAGUCCAUCACUCCCUCCAUGCUGAGCGGCAUCAUCCGCCGGCAACCAGCCAGUCUUGACCUUAGCUGGACCAACAUUUCCAAGAAACAGCUAAUGUGGCUUCUCAACAGGCUACAAGGCCUUAAGGAGCUUAUCCUGACCGGCUGCUCUUGGUGCUCUGUAUCGGCGCUUAGCACGGCCAACUUCCCUUCCCUGCGGCUUCUAGAUUUGCGUUGGAUCGAGGAUGUCAAGGAUUCCCAUCUCCGUGAGCUGCUGUUGCCUGCCACAGAUGCUAAGCCAGGCCAGACCGAUAGUCGGGGCCGGCUUCAGAAUGUCUCUGAGCUGCGGCUCUCUGGGCUGGACAUCACGGACUCCUCGUUGCGCUUGGUGAUCCGGCAUACCCCUCAACUUGCCAAACUGGACCUGAGCCACUGCAACCAUGUGGGCGACCAGUCUGUUAACCUGCUGACCGCUGCUAACUCUCCACUCCGAGAGACCCUUGUCGAGCUCAACCUCGCCGGAUGUAACCGGCUGACGGAUCAGUGUCUGCCCCUUUUCCGCCGCUGCCCACGCCUUUCCCGCAUCGACCUCCGCUCUUGCCACCACGUCACCCCUGAGGCCUGUGCCCGCUUUGCUGAGGACUCGGUCACCAACAGGGCCUCGGUCCCCGCUGCCCCUGCCUUGGCACCUCCUUUCCGUUGCCCCGAGGAGAAAUUGCUGCUGAAGGACAGCUAAUACCCGCCUUGGGGUGGAGGCGCGGGGAGACUCUGCCUCACCAAUCAAACAACCGGACACGGACUCUGAGAGAACCUUUUUACUUAAAGCCAUGCACUGAACCGGAGUGGCGUCUCCACCCCCAGCCCCCCUUGAGCGUGCGGCACAGGGGGAAGGAGAUGUGCUCCCCUGACCCGCCAGGCCGCCGCUGCUGCAGGGCCGGUCGCCUUUUGCUCCAUCGCUUUGUUGCAGGACAGAGCCACGGAGUAAGUGGAGUCCAGGUAGCCUUGUUGCUUUACAAUGCUGGGAAAGGUGUCUUCCUCCCACCAUGCGCUGCGCCGUCUUAUUAUCUCCCCGUCCCUGAAAACAUCAGUCUGGGCUGCAGUGGGUACCACGACUCUCUUGGGAUGGCUGCGGCGAGGUGGGCAGGAGCUUGAAAUGCUGGCUCAGGAGGAAGGCAGCUUAUUGUAUGGUGUUGGAUUAUUAUUUUUCUCAUCCCUUCCCUGAUGCAAAUGUGCACUCCAACUUCAUCCAUUCCCCACCACCGCACAUGCUGCCUUUAUGAUUUUGAAAGUGUGCGUGAGUCUGCCUGUCUGUAUGCCUGUCUCUCUUUCCUUUCCCCCCACGUUUCCCCCAAUGUUUGUUUUCAGUG